UCCAAUCACGGCGCAGAAAGCGGAAUACUAUUAACCAAUCCGAACGCAGGAGGCGGGAUUAUCUGAAUACCAGGAAGCAAAAUAACGCGUGGUCUCUGUGUGUAAUGUUUAUAAGCGGCAAUUGCUCUGUGGCUGUCUGUUGUUUUUUUAAAAAACGUAAAAUAUUACAUUAUACAGCGUUUUAAAAAUAAGAGGAAUGAGCAUUAAGACCGUUCAUGAUGUUUCAUGUCGUUUCCAGUUGUCAUUUUUCGCCAUGUGUCGUUUACACACGUUUCCAUGGAAGUCUUUAGAAACUGAACUCCAAAACUCACCAUCAGAAGUAAUUUUGGACAUUUUGAAAAAGACGUGUCUUCAUCCAGUAUGUCGUAAAAACCCACCGUCAGUGAAAUACAGGAGGCUGUUCCUGUCCGAACUAAUAAAAAGGCAUGAGUCGACUACGUCAGAGCCGCUGGAUGAGCUGUAUGAUGCGCUAGCUGAAGUCAUGGGCGCUGGAGAGGAGACCGUGUGUUAUAAAACAUAUUUCCUGCCCUCAGGAAAGCCGGUGAGUCUGGAGGAGAACGUAGCGAUGAUCUCAGAGGGCACCACCGGACUCGUCACGUGGGAGGCUGCGCUCUACCUGGCGGAGUGGGCGCUGGAAAACACACACAUCUUCACUGGAAGGACGGUGCUGGAGUUGGGCAGUGGAGCAGGACUCACCGGUGUCGCAGUGUGUCACGCCUGCAAGCCCAAAAAAUACAUUUUCACCGACUGCCAUCAAAGUGUGCUGCAGAGACUUCAGAAUAAUAUCCAGCACAACGGUUUAAACGAGGAGGACGGCACGGGCGUGUCGGCGUGUGUGGAGGAACUGGACUGGGAACAUGCACGAGAAGAAGAGCUGCGGAGAAUUGGGGCCGAGACCAUCAUAGCAGCAGACGUGGUGUAUGAUCCUGAGAUCGUUGGCUGUCUGGUGAGACUACUAGUGAAACUUUUAAAGAUUCAGAAGAAGCCUCCAGAGGUUUACAUCUCCUCGACGAUACGCAACCCAGGAACCUACACCUCCUUCAAGAAGGAACUGGGUGAGUUUAAUAAAAGGCUGGAUUAAAACACGUCAUCGUUACGAAUCCCGUCACGCAAGUCUUCCCAUACGACCGAGUCUCUUCUAUAGAAAUCAUCAACGUGCAACGCUGUUGACUGAAUUCAAAAUGUAAUAAAGUGCUUAUUUACAUCCUA